AUGGCACCAAUCAAAGCUUCCCAGGAUGACUCAAACGGGGAAGAACAGAAAGGCUCAAUAUACUCGGUUUCUGGACCCGUCGUAGUGGCAGAAAAUAUGAUUGGAGUGGCCAUGUAUGAACUAGUACGGGUGGGCCACGAUAAUCUUGUCGGAGAGGUCAUUCGAAUUGAGGCAGAUAGAGCAACAAUUCAGGUGUACGAAGAGACAGCCGGUGUAACUGUCGGGGAUCCAGUAUUACGAACUGGAAAGCCACUAUCUGUCGAACUGGGACCUGGUCUGAUGGAAACUAUUUAUGACGGUAUCCAAAGGCCUCUAAAAGAUAUUGCAGAAUCGUCAAAAAGCAUUUAUAUUCCACGUGGUAUCGCCGCACCAGCUCUCAAUAGGGAGAAAGAUUGGGAUUUCAAACCACUCAUGAAAACAGGAGACCACAUCACCGGUGGAGAUAUUUGGGGUAGUGUUUACGAAAACUCCUUGCUCAGCGACCACAAGAUCUUAUUUCCACCUCGAGCUCGUGGUGUUAUCACCAAAAUUGCCGGGAAGGGCAGCUACAAGGUCGAUCAAAAGAUACUUGAAGUUGAAUUUGAUGGGAAAAAAACAGAAUAUAGCAUGAUGCAUACAUGGCCAGUUCGAGUUCCCAGACCAUCUUCUGAAAAGCUUGCAGCAGAUAAACCAUUUAUUGUUGGUCAACGCGUACUGGAUGCUUUAUUUCCUAGUGUGCAGGGCGGAACAGUAGCAAUCCCAGGAGCCUUCGGCUGUGGGAAGACAGUCAUUUCUCAAUCCGUAUCUAAAUUUUCUAACAGUGAUAUUAUUAUAUACGUUGGAUGUGGAGAGCGUGGGAACGAAAUGGCCGAAGUAUUGAUGGAUUUUCCGGAGCUCUCGAUUGAUAUAGACGGGCGAAAAGAGCCAAUUAUGAAACGCACAACAUUAAUCGCCAAUACUUCUAAUAUGCCUGUGGCAGCCCGUGAGGCUUCUAUCUAUACAGGGAUAACCGUUGCAGAAUACUUUCGUGAUCAAGGAAAAGAUGUCGCCAUGAUGGCAGAUUCCUCGUCCCGCUGGGCAGAAGCUCUUCGUGAGAUCUCCGGAAGAUUGGGAGAAAUGCCUGCUGAUCAGGGAUUUCCUGCUUAUCUUGGCGCCAAGCUUGCCAGCUUUUACGAACGUGCCGGUAAGGUACAAGCUUUAGGAAGUCCUGACAGAGAGGGUAGUGUCAGCAUUGUUGGAGCUGUCAGUCCACCUGGUGGUGAUUUCUCUGACCCUGUCACAAGCAGUACUCUCGGUAUCGUUCAAGUCUUCUGGGGCCUCGACAAAAAACUCGCUCAACGGAAACAUUUCCCUUCAAUCAAUACAUCUGUUAGUUAUAGUAAGUAUACGACUGUCUUGGACAAGUUUUAUGAAACAGAUUACCCUGAAUUCCCUAGGUUAAGAGACCGUAUUAAACAACUACUAUCAGAUUCAGAGGAACUAGAUCAGGUUGUUCAACUAGUCGGAAAAUCUGCGCUUUCUGACCCUGACAAAAUCACCCUGGAUGUUGCUGCCCUGAUCAAGGAGGAUUUCUUGCAACAGAAUGGGUACAGCGACUAUGACCAGUUUUGCCCUAUUUGGAAGACAGAAUGGAUGAUGAAAGCAAUGAUGGGUUUCCACGAUGAAGCUCAAAAAGCAAUAGCACAGGGUCAAAGCUGGAAUAAAGUACGAGAAGCUACCAGUCAGCUUCAAUCGCAACUACGGAGUAUGAAAUUCGAAGUACCCAGUGAGGGCGAAGAAAAGAUUGUUAAGAAGUACGAGGACUUAGUUCAAGCAAUGACGGACAAGUUUGCUUCCGUUAUGGACGAAUGA